CAUCUUAGCACCGCAUAAUUUCUGGGGUAGAAGUCGUAAUAAUUAAGAUCUUGUGUACCUCUCUCUAUCUACAUCUCCUCCUCGGGAGUUUCCUGCGGAGGAUUCCGAUUCCGAUUCCGAUUCCGAUUCCGAUUCCUCUUCUCUCUGUUCUUUUAGGUGUCCGAAUCAUUCUCAUAGCACUUUCCUCUCCGUCUCUGUCUCUGUCUCUGUGAGCUCGAGUGUUGUUCGUCAGAUUACUGGAUUAGGGUUCUCGUCUGCUUGCCUAAUAGAUUUGGGAGGAACUGCAAUUUUUCUUUCCUACCACCUGGGAUCAAUUUUUAUUUUUUUUUUGCUGCCAUGAGUUCCUCGAUCGAGAUCGUUGGUGAGAAGCAAGUGGAAGUUUUGCCUCUUCCAGAUCAGGAUGAAAAGAAGACUGAGCAAUUGGGCAAUGAGCAGAGUUUCGGGAACCAUGGCGGCAGUUGUGCAAUAUGCUUGGAUACAAUACCUCUUCAAGAAACAGCUAUGGUGAAAGGCUGUGAGCAUGCUUACUGUGUGACGUGCAUCCUCCGUUGGGCCAGUUACAAAGAGAAGCCUACCUGCCCACAAUGUAAGCAUCCAUUUGAUUUUCUCAAUGUCCACCGCGCUCUUGACGGAAGCGUUGAAGAUUUCAUGUUCGAGGAGAGCGUCUGCCUCCUCCUGAGAGCAUCAUGGUUUCAGCCGCUGGAUGCCGUGGAGCGGGUUUCAGACAAUGACAUUCACAAUUAUGACUUUGAAAUUCCACCGGAGUAUGAAGAUGAAGACGAUGAUGACCUUGACGAGUUUUAUUUGCACGGUUCAAGUCUUCGUUUAGGAAACAGGAGGUGGGGUGACAAUGGUUUCGUCAGGUCAGGCCGCCAAGAAGCAAGGCCAGUCCAACAUAAGCACCGAGGUGGCCAAGCUUCUGCCUCUGAAUCCGGCUCCUCCUCCUCACGUGAGCCAAAGGAGAAGACUAGCAGUGCCAUUACAGGAAGGCGUGCGAAGAGGGCGAUGAAGCGUGAAGCUGCAAACAAAGCAGCGGAAGCAGUCGCAGCUGCAAAGCAUGAGGCUCAUUUGGUUAGGUUGGGAAGGAAGUGACUCUGGUUGUAUCUCUGUAAUUAAAUCAAACCCACAACCCCAAAAUCCACUGACUUCCAUACUUGAGAAUCUGUACAGCUAGUAGAAUCUAAGAGCACCUCCACUGGGAGGUUCUCAUGUUGGAGAUGCUCUAAUAAUGGUCGAACAAGAAACCUUCCCUAUCUUUGUAAUUUCAUCUCCUUUGUUAGAGAUAUUAAUUUUAUCCAGCAAUUUUCUUGA